AUGUAUCUCCUCGUCGCCCUCGCAGACUUGGUCGAGAUCCCACCCCAAGACCUCGAGAAACCCCCAGCGCGUGCAAUCGAGGACCUCAUCAACGCGAAAUUCGCCGAUAAGGUCAUCUUCGAAGUAGGCCUCUGCGUCGGCUUUCACUCAAUCAUCAAAUGCUCAGAAGGCAAAAUCGCAUCUGGAUCAGGCCAUGUAGCCGUCAACGUCGACUUCCGCCUUAUUGUCUACAGGCCGUUCAAAGGCGAGAUCGUUCACGGCACCAUCACUCACUCGAAUCCACGUGCUGGCGUCUACCUUUCCCAGGACUUCUUUGAGGAUAUUGUGGUGCCGCCUGAGACGCUGUUCGACGGCACCGCGUGGGGUGUUGACGACCAGGGUGUUGAGGCCUUCAUCUGGAACACGAACGACAACGAGUACUUCUUUGAUCGAGCGGAGAGCUGCCUCUUCCGGGUGGAGGAGGAGCAGUGGGUUGACAUGUCGCCCCAGACCAAGAGUCCUGGCGGUCAAUUCAUUGCAGAGGAUGCGCAGACCGAAGGCGAAAAGAAGAAGACGCCCUACCUGGUCAGAGGGAGUAUGAUGCUUUCCGGGCUGGGACCAACGCUAUGGUGGUCAGGGGAGCAGAUUGAGGGCGAGGAAGAUGGAGGUUAG